AUGCUUCAUAACUUUCCCAAAGUACCCUCAGCAAACCUCUCCGGAAUACCACUCAUACAGUACGUCAAGUUCAAUCUGAAGGCCCAUACGGUAGAAGACGAAGUCGGGAUAAGAGGCGUCACCAUUACUGAAGACCUUUUCAAAAUCGCAUCCACUGUCAUCAGAUCGAACGUUCGGCAACACCUCGGUCGUUGUCGACAUUUACCUAAUUCAAGGUCUCUGGUUUAUCUUCCAUCUGUAAUGGUUGCCGCUAUAAUGUUUCUUGUGUUAAAAGUGAUUGAUCCUGAUAACUCACUAGAUUAUCAAGAACGAGUCAAAGGUUUUCUUCAAAUUAAGGAGGGGUGGGGAGGGAGCUACCUCAAUUUGAAAUCCACAAACCCAAGAACCUUCCAAGUUGAAACUGAAAAGAAAUGUGGGGAACAUAUCGAGAAACUGAAACUUGCAUUCAAUACAAAAAGAAACUGUUGUCUGAGAAGCACUACCAAGUCUUCCAGAUUGGCUUAUGGACAUUUGGAUAAUGGUUGGAAGGAAGCAAUUAAAAGCGUCCUCACGUGGAACCACUAUGUAUCCAUAAGAUGGUUGUUUAAUAUAUAA